AUGUCGUGUUCAAUCAAAGAGACCGACACCAUCAUUAAGAAACACAUCAAGGCAUACACAAAAGACGGAAACGCUUCUACGUUUGUCGACGCCAUUUUUCAUGACAUUUCGGAGUGUGCAUCACACCCAUUACUCGAUGUUAUCGAGUUUUCGGUUCAUUCAUUAAACGCAAACAUCUCACGCGUCGUCGCAGGUCGUCACGAUAAGAACGAGAAGGUAGCAAGUAACAUCAAGUGUUAUAUCUCACAAACGGCGAGUGAUUUGACAGAACAAAUAGUGUCAUACUAUAAAUUCAAACCCUUCCCGACACUCCGUGUUGAAGUAGAGAACAUUUUGUUUGAUCUGUGCUACUCCACGAUCAAAGAAGUGUUCUGUCACAAGGAACAAAAGCCCAGUGAAAACUUCGCUUUUCAGUUCCGUCUUUAUUCCGCAAGCAAUCUCGCCGAAUCAUUUCAUCUCUCAACAAAAUUUUCUAAUCACAAUCUUGAUGAGAUUUUUAAAAAAUCAAUACACGUGUUGACGUGUAUCGAAACGACUACAACUCUUUUUAAAACAAGAAAAGUUAUUUCUGCGAUUCAAGACAUUGUUAUUGAAGAUAUGGCAAAAUGUAUGGAUAAAGCAGCUGUAUUGGCUUUCUAUCUUAUAUUAAUCGACAGAACGAGUGAGGAAUACGUCAAUAUUUUUAUGUUUUUGAUUGUUAAAGCGCAAGUCAUCGAUCUGUUUGGUAUACUUGCUAUGGUUGAGGGUUUCAAAGUCGAUUCGGACGAAAGUUCUCGGUUUGGUGUGACGUUUUGUAAUCUUUGUGUUGCUGCAAAAAACGUCAAUUCCAUUAGAACUUAA